AUGAUCAGAUAUACUUUUUCAUCUGGCCAGUUCACACUGCUCAGUUUGGUCAUCGUAAUAAUUUCAACAUUUUUUGAUUGUCAUGAAAUUUGUGAGAAUUCUGGACUAGCGACUUAUAGCAAAUUAAUUUUUGGAAACGACUCACAUGAAUACUCUCACUAUUACUACUAUUUCCAGACAAUCCGCCGUAAUCAGCCUUCUCCAGUUGUAGAUGAACAGUUUGUAAAAUUGGCUGCUGACGAGGAAGUCCCUCUGAAAUUCUCGUUUAAAUUCUAUGGCACAAACGUCAGUGUACUAAAGAUUCACAGUUAUGGUACAAUAGAAAUGAAAAUAGAAAAUGGAUUGGGAACGAUUUACACUGACUUAGAAAAGGGUGGUGUGCCUGAAUAUCAGAUUUCGAAUGAGAAGGAAUUAUUAGCUGUCCGAAGCAUUUUUCACCGAAACAUUGAUGGUAAAAAUGUUGAAUUGAAGGUGUUAAAUCUCAUACAUCCGAGCGGGAAGAUAUCUGUUUAUUAUGAGAACGUUUCUGAGGAAAUCAGGGAAAAUGAAUUGGAAUCGGUCGUUAACCGUCAAUUCCUGUGUCAAACAAUCCGCCGUAAUCAGCCUUCUCCAGUUGUAGAUGAACAGUUUGUAAAAUUGGCUGCUGACGAGGAAGUCCCUCUGAAAUUCUCGUUUAAAUUCUAUGGCACAAACGUCAGUGUACUAAAGAUUCACAGUUAUGGUACAAUAGAAAUGAAAAUAGAAAAUGGAUUGGGAACGAUUUACACUGACUUAGAAAAGGGUGGUGUGCCUGAAUAUCAGAUUUCGAAUGAGACCUAA